UAAAUAUGUAACACUUCCGAAAAAAACAGAUUAGGUACAUGGAUACAUGUGUAUAUGAAUUCACCACUAUGGCGCAAAUGCUUAAGAAUGUUUUAAAAAUAAUUUGUAAUUACAAAGUAAUUGUCUGUGCUUUAAUUUGUUUGUUUUUUGUGUCAGGUUUUAUUUACGGACUUUUAUAUACUAACCUCUGGACGAAUCUGUUACAAAGUAGCUUUACUAGUGAUAAAAUGACGCCUAAGUAUUGCUUCAAGUUAUUUACAUUGAAAUAUCGGACAUUGGAACAUAUAACUAAAAUGGAUGCAAUAGACUCAAGCAAAGAUAGAGACAUUGGAUUGAAAAUGACAGAUAAAAAUGACACUGGAAAUACCUCAAACAAGUUUGGAAUUAAAUCAAAAGCCUGCAGACGUUUCGUAACAUUAGGGGGUUAUAAGGGUCGCAUGGGCAAUCAAAUGUUUGAAUUUGCGUCCCUGGUCGGAACAGCAUACAAAUAUGAUGUCAUACCUGUGAUUCCUACCUUGUUUCCAUUGAAAAGAUAUUUUGAUUUACCAAAUAUAGUAGAUCUGAAAUUAAAUAAACUGGUCAAUGUUGUUAACUGUGUGUGUGGAAAGUCGGCUGUGUAUUAUAAUUGCACACAGGAGUUUAACACGGGGAAAAACAUAUCCCUACAUGGAUACCUUCAGUCUUGGAAAUAUUUCAAGGAGGCCAGUGAUAUCAUCAAGACCGUUUUCAAAGUGAAAUCCAACCAUUUGCUCAAUGCGCAACGAUUCCUUACGAAUGUGUCUAUUGCCGGUUAUCAACUUGUAUGUAUCCAUAUCCGCCGUGGAGACAUAUUAGCCAAAGCAAAAAUUGAUGAUGGAUAUGCUGUUGCGGAUUUGGAUUUUAUGGAUAAGGCAAUUUUUUUUUAUAGAAACAAAUACUCAAGAGUUCAGUUUCUUGUUGUCAGUGAUGAUAAAGUUUGGUGUAGAAAACAUCUACGAGAUGUUGUUAUAAGUCCACUAACCGACCCUGGUGACGAGAUGGCUUUAAUGACAUUAAGCAAUCACGUUGUCGUAACCACGGGAACGUUUGGAUGGUGGGGUGCAUGGCUAUCAGGGGGAACAACUGUGUACUUUGAUAAGUAUCCAAGACCAGGUAGCCCCCUAGCAUCUCGGAUAAGUAGAGAAGAUUAUUAUCCACCCAGCUGGAUAGGUAUGUCCUAAGUUAAACACAAGAAGCGUUGGAAAUCUACUGACCGAUGUCCAUCCGCUGAAAUAUUUCCAAUGCGCAGAAAUUAAUAAAAUCUAUAAAAGAUCUUUUGGAAGCAUAGAAUGCAACCAAGCAAAAAAAUAGCAGACUCGGUUUGAUUCAUAAGUCUAGAGUAAUGUAUACUCCAAAUACUUGCGUAUGUCUUUUUGUUUUUGUUCGUGUGGUGUGUACGUUAGAUGGUGCUACACAGACAUUGUGUGGAGUGGCAGUUACCAACACCAUAUUUUUAGCUUAAAAGACAAUAAACAUGGCUAUUUCUACUGUAAAAAACAAUCAGUAAGCCAGACACUAUUGCUGUGAACUUCAUACCUGCUAGAUACUACUGGCAUCACCUCAAAGGUUAGUUGUUUUAUACCGUUUUCUUAUCAGAAAAAGUGGACCAGCAAGUAAAAUUAAAUAUUUUUGUUUUGUUUUCGAGGAAACAGGGAGCGAACAAAGAAAUAUAUUUUCUUACCCAGUGGUUGUAAAUGUUAUUAAAUGAUGAAUGUGAACUAUUCUACAUAAAGGAUAUAGAUGUUUGACUUUGAUAUGUACUAUAAUGUUGUACAUGAAAUGCGAUCAUUAAAACUUUUAUUUGUAUGGUAUAGAAAUUGUUGUAGAGAGGUUGUAUGGUAGAGGAAUUGUUGUAGAGAGGUUGUAUGGUAGAGAAAUUGUUGUAGAGAGGUUGUUGCUUUCAAUGAGGUUAUAACAAACAUCGUUGGGCUUGGAAUGAAGGUAAUUGCUCAGCUGAUAUGUCUGUAGUAAGGCAAAAAAGGGGAAUAAAACAAAUACAUUAAGGAAGACAGUAGAGCAACGCCUUGGAACGGUCAGAUGUGAACAUCACUAGGACAGUGUACAUUAAAGAAUUCCCUUCAAGUGAAUCAUUUACAUACGUAUAUACAUCUAAAAGUCACAAUAUGUAAAACUCUUACAUGCUCGUGUAAAAAAUAAAAAUGAAGAUACGAAUGCACACAUGGUCUUUGUUAAAAGAAGAGCAAUAAGAGAAAUGCCAUAGAUGGC